AUGAUGCUCGCCGGCGUUCAGAUCGUGGAAGAUCAAAGUGUAACGUAUAAGGCCGAUGGGGAACGGGACACGCCGGGCGGAGAGAGGUCGUCCCCGAGCGUCCCUUCCACCACCACCCAGUCUUCGAAGCCGCCGACCCCCUCGCAGCUUCAAAACAGAGGCUUAUCCCGUAUCCCGGAUAAAGACCCUGUCGAUAUCCAGUUCAGUAACAUUACGUGUACUGUUAGCCUCGGUAUUAAUAAGGGUUCAAAGCAAAUUUUACACGGCGUCAAUGGCAGACUUCGGCCGAAGCAGCUCAUUGCUAUCAUGGGACCAUCGGGCGCGGGGAAAUCCACAUUACUCGAUGUCCUGUCUGGCUACAGGAUUAGUGGUGUCGGUGGGGCGAUCUAUAUCAACGGCAGAGGCAGGAUAAUGAAACGUUUUAAGAAAAUAUCAUGUUAUAUCCAACAAGAUGACCGUCUACAAGGCUUGCUUACAGUCUCAGAGAAUAUGGCCCUAGCGGCAGAUCUCAAACUACCCACCACCCUUGAUAAGUACGAGAAAGGAGAAGUGAUUGAAGAUAUUCUCUCAAACCUGGGCCUGUACGAGCAUGGGAACACAAGAGGUGCUCAACUAUCUGGAGGUCAACGCAAACGGCUGUCCAUUGCUUUGGAACUCAUCAACAAUCCUCUAGUCAUGUUCCUGGACGAACCUACAACGGGCCUCGACAGUUCAUCGUGUUCACAAGUAGUACAGCUGUGCCAAAGUCUUGCACACCAAGGCAGAACCAUAGUGUGUACUGUUCACCAGCCUUCGGCUUCACUGUUCGCUCUAUUCGACCAUGUUUAUGUUCUCGCGGCCGGGAAUUGCUUGUAUCAAGGCACCACGAGGAACCUCGUAUCAUACCUUGACGAAGCUGGUAUACCAUGUCCUAUAUACCACAACCCAGCAGAUUAUGUUAUUGAAGUUGCAUCAGGAGAAUAUGGCGAUGAUAAAAUAGAAAUUCUAACGACCAAGAUAGACAAUGGCAAAGCUCACAACUGGUUUGAUGACCCUGAUUCGAUCCCCACAAUGGAAACCCUCCGAAAAUUGUAUCCACUCAGUGGCAUGAAGGAAUUGGACGCCGGUCCAGGAACAGAAGAGACAUCACAGGCUAACCAACGAUCGGUUCUUAUAAAGAGAGGGUUUUUAAAGGCUAAGCGCGAUGCUACUUUGACCCACUUGAGAGUGAUGGUGAACGUAGUUGUGGGAAUAAUGUUGGGAACGCUGUUCAUCAACGCUGGGAACGAGGGCUCUCGAGUUCUGGACAACUACAACCUGCUUUUCGCUAUCCUUAUGCAUCACAUGAUGUCGCCUAUGAUGCUUACGAUUCUGACGUUUCCAUCAGAGAUGUCAAUUCUAUUGAAGGAGCAUUUCAAUAGAUGGUAUUCCUUGGGAUCUUACUACAUUUCUGUAACAGUCGUGGAUCUGCCUAUAUCGAUCUUCUCGUGUGCGAUAUUCAGCGUGAUCGUGUACACGAUGUCGUCGCAGCCGCUGGACCUAGCCCGCUUCGCGAUGUUCUUCACGAUCUCCAUAUACACGGUGCUGGUCGCGCAGAGCUUCGGACUUAUGGUCGGCGCCGUCUUCAAUGUCGUUAACGGCACAUUCCUCGGUCCAACACUCUCCGUGCCCAUGAUGAUGUUCGCUGGUUUUGGGGUGACUCUUCGCGACCUGCCCCCCUACCUCUACUGGGGUUCCUAUGUCUCCUACUUGAGAUAUGGCCUCGAGGGCUACAUAGCCGCCAUCUAUGGCCUGGACAGGCCCACCCUGGCAUGUGAGGGCGAUAUUUACUGUCAUUACAAGCACCCCAAAGUCUUCCUCAAGGACAUCGCUAUGAACCCAGACAUGUUCUGGUGGGACGUAUUCGCGCUGACGGUGACUCUCUUUUCUCUUCGCACGGCAGCAUUCCUCCUCCUUAAGUGGAAGCUAAGAGCAGUGCGAUAA